UUGGUUCUAACUAUUUUUGUCGCUGUGAUCAAUUCACAAUAUCCACUUACUUAUGGAUGUGUGGCACAAGUUUUGGCAUAUUCGCCAAUGAAUAAAUUGUAUAAUGUGAGUUUGGGAUAAUUUUUUGAGUAAAUUAGUUUUUGAAUUUUUUCAAUGACUUCUAGAGAACAAUUUUCUCAAAACUCUGAUCACAAAAUUCUGGAAUUCCUCCUUCUUGACAUCAAAAAGACAUUCCCUAUCAUAAAUAACUAAUUCUAUUUUUCACAGUUCGUCAACAAUUUGAACAACAAAGAUACAACUUUAGCUCAACGAAAAACUCGAGCAAAUAGCUGGGUUCCGAAUAAUAUGGUAACUAGAUUUUUGUUUGGAAUUUGUUUCGUCUAAUUUUCUAUUCCUAGGGUACCCACUUAUUCUCGGCUUUGGACAUUUAUUCAUCAAAAUCCACGGCUUUAGCAGCAAUUAUCAGUUUAUUGGAUCAUCGAAACACCGUGGGACUUUUCUGGGACGAUCUUUUCCCAGGAAUUCAAACAGUCUUCAAUAAAUCGGUGGCUAACCAGGUUUGUUCGAAAAUUUAUGGACUGAAAUUGAAGUUGAGCUUAGUUAAACUGCAUUUUUUCAGUACAAAGCCAUGUGGGCAAAAACCGAUAAGGUUUAUGACAACGCAUUUUUCGAUGCUUUGAAUGAAUGGUAUGCUUACUGUCAUUAUCAUGUAAGUUUUUUUGAGAUAUGACGUGAUAAACUUGGACUUUUGCCACGUCAUAAUUUUGGUUCAGGAGAAUAAAUUUAGUAAGCUCGCAAGUAUUUUUGAAAAUUGGAAAACACAAUUUUUCUCAAAACUUCUGAAGUUACUAAUUCAGAAAACUUGCUACGUCAUAACUACUUUUAAAAUUUGCAGAGUCCUUCCGGUAAACGAACCGCACUCUACAAUGCAAUUCAAAAAGUGACCACAAAAUAUGUGAAUGACACAAGCCUGAAUUACGAUCCAAUGGGAACAUCCUACACACUCAGAUUUUUCCUAAUGAUGUUGCUUGGAAUGUGGUAG